CUGCGGGGCAGAAGCCAGAGGAAACAGAGGCCGGCAAAACUUCAUCAGGUGCUGGGGGGUCCCUCCAGCUGGUAGCACAUAACAGCCAGGAGAACCGAGGGGAUGAGCACGUGGAUACGUCCAAAAGGAAUGAAAAGCAGCGCUCUGAAUCAGAUCCACCCAACGACAAAGACACCUCCAAAUUGGACACGAAUAAUGAAAUGACGAUGAUUAAGGACCAGAGGGACACAAAUGUGUCUGUCGCCAGUAGCAGCAUGGAGAAGCAGACAGAUGGCCAGGGUGUUGAUGGCCAAGGCAGCAACACAAGUUACCAAACCAACAAAGAAAAUGGCCGCACUGGUAACCAGACCGAGAGCCAGAGCAGUAGCCCUGAUAACCAGGAGAGCAACCCCGGCCGUGGCAACCAGAGCCAGGGCAACAACCAGGACAGCAACCCCAGCAGUGGCAACCAGAGCCAGGGCAACAACCAGGACAGCAACCCCAGCAGUGGCAACCAGAGCCAGGGCAACAACCAGGACAGCAACCCCAGCAGUGGCAACCAGAGCCAGGGCAACAACCAGGACAGCAACCCCAGCAGUGGCAACCAGAGCCAGGGCAACAACCAGGACAGCAACCCCAGCAGUGGCAACCAGAGCCAGGGCAACAACCAGGACAGCAACCCCAGCAGUGGCAACCAGAGCCAGGGCAACAACCAGGACAGCAACCCCAGCAGUGGCAACCAGAGCCAGGGCAACAACCAGGACAGCAACCCCAGCAGUGGCAACCAGAGCCAGGGCAACAACCAGGACAGCAACCCCAGCAGUGGCAACCAGAGCCAGGGCAACAACCAGGACAGCAACCCCAGCAGUGGCAACCAGAGCCAGGGCAACAACCAGGACAGCAACCCCAGCAGUGGCAACCAGAGCCAGGGCAACAACCAGGACAGCAACCCCAGCAGUGGCAACCAGAGCCAGGGCAACAACCAGGACAGCAACCCCAGCAGUGGCAACCAGAGCCAGGGCAACAACCAGGACAGCAACCCCAGCAGUGGCAACCAGAGCCAGGGCAACAACCAGGACAGCAACCCCAGCAGUGGCAACCAGAGCCAGGGCAACAACCAGGACAGCAACCCCAGCAGUGGCAACAAGGACCAGGGCAACAACCAGGACAGCAGCAACAAGGACCAGGGCAACAACCAGGACGGCAACAACCAGGACAGCGGCAACAAGGACCAGGGCAACAACCAGGAUGGCGGCAACAAGGACAGCGGCAACAACCAGGACGGCGGCAACAAGGACCUGGGCCACGACCAGGACGGCGGCAACAAGGACCUGGGCCACGACCAGGACAGCGGCACUGAGAACCAGGACAGCAACGUCAUGAACCAGGGCAGCAAUGUCGUGAACCAGGGCAAGAACCGGGACAGCAAUGUCAAGAACCAGGGUAGCAACACUGAGAACCGGGACAGCAACAUCGAGAACCAGGGUAGCAAUGUCAAGAACUCAGGCAGUGACAGCGAUAACCAUACCAACAACCAGGCCCGAGACCAGUCGGAGAGCAGCCACUUCUUUGCCUACCUGGUGACCACAGCUAUUAUUGUUGCUGCUUUAUACGUUGCAUAUCACAACAAACGGAAGAUCAUUGCUUUUGCUCUGGAAGGAAAAAGAUCGAAAAGUGGUCGACGGCCCAAAUCUAGCGAUUAUCAGAGACUGGAUCAAAAGAUCUAG